AUGACUUCAAAGGGUCAAUCGGAGGAAAUUCACGCAGAUACGUUCAAUUUCGUGGUCAUAGUUUGUCGUGUCGGUACGGAAGAUGGCGAACGGUGCAAAACCGAAGAACUUCUCAAGAAGUACCCACUAGAUGUGUUCCCGAAUUGGACUAUCAACGAAGGAGAACGAUACUAUGUGUGCGCUCCAAUUGACAGUUUGGGAGAAUGGGCUUUUCACCUGCGUUCACAUCUCACUGCUCUUAUUCUUUCGGGCAAUCCUGCCAUAGGAUUCCUACAG